UUGAUGAUGAGAUGUAACCUUCCUUGGUGCGCGUUGCUCCUGCUUAUCCCUCUUUGUCCGGUAGCGACAGAAGGCCAUGAUAAUUAUGGCAAAAUUUGCGUUUUUGAAUGAAUUAUAGUUGAAUGGUGGAUCAACAAGCAUACACCGUGUGAGGACUGAUUUGCUGGCAAUGACUCUCCUGAGAGUUUCAAUUUAAAGGACAGCAGAGCAAGCAACGGAGAAAGGUGUUAUGUGUUGCACCUUAGGGCCACUGUAGAAAUGACCUGAAGGCAGAUUCCAACAAGGCGGCAUAUAGCUUUCAAGACGUCGUCAUUUUUAACUUUUUUUUUUCUUGCAUAUGAACGGUGAUAUGCCACUUCACCGACAGUCAUAUUAGCUAAUGGCUGCCGAAUCGGGGAGACUACUGGCGGGACAUGGAAAACGAAAAGCUUCACAGAUGAAGAGCCCGGAGAAAAAGAAGGCAAGGAAAUCCACAACUCAGGCGGCAGGGUUCUCCCACCUCACCGAGUUUGCACCUCCUCCGACUCCCAUGGUGGAUCAUCUGGUUGCUUCCAACCCCUUUGAUGAUGACUUUGGGCCUCCAUCCAGACCUAGUGGGGCAAGUGGACCAGGUGGUGCUCCAUUUUUGCCCAGUCCAGGUGCGGGCGGAGGAGGUGGAUAUGGAGGUGGAGGCAGAAUGAGUGCAGGCAUGAACUUCAUGGGAGGUCCAGGAGGACCAGGAAGUGGUCAGCCUGGGCGCAGGCCACCGUAUGGCCCUCCAUCUAAUGCUGGUCCCCAUCACCAGCUAGGCUUUGGAGGAAUGCCUGGCUUUGGAGCUGGUAGUGGUGGUGGCAGUGGGGGAGGUGGAGGAAGUGGUGGAUUCCCUCCUGGUGGCCCCUCUCAGUUCAAUAUGCCACCAAACUUCAGUCCCCCCAUGCAUCCUGGGCCAGGAUUCAAUCCCAUGUUGUCUCCAGGGGCUAUGGGAGGUCCUGGAGGAGGAGGUGGAGGGCCACCCCACCCUCGGUUUGGCAUGCCUCCACAGCAGCAGCAUGGACAGGGUGGGCAUCCGUUCAACAGCCCUCCAUUACCCGGUGGUGGAGGCCCACGAGGACCAUUACCUCCCAUGGGAGGAGGCAUGGGUCCUGGGAUGAACAUGAUGGGUGGAAUGGGUGGUGGCCCUGGUGGCAACAUGGUAGGCGGAGGAUUGCCAGGUAUGCCCCCUCAAGGACAGUUCCCUCCCUCACAGGAUGGACCUUAUCCUGGCCCCAGUCCACCAGGGCCAGGCAACGACGAUGGAAAAAACUUUGGAGCAGGAGCACCACCCGGGCCUCCACAACAGCAGCAACAACAACAGCAGCAACAACAGCAGCAGCAACAGCAGCAGCUUAACAUAAAUCCUAAUGGCCCCCCCACUAAUAAUAACACUCCCGGCCCUCCUAACUCUGGCCAGCCACAGCCUGGGGGAGGCUUCCAUGGCCACUCUGAUGUCCAGCAGCCCAGUGCCAAUACACCAGGCCAACCUCCAUCAGCACCACCACAGCCUAAUCCCAACUCUUCUCCUCCUGGUCCACUGAAUGGAUCAGGCCAGCCCCAGCAUCCACAAUCCAGUCAGCUACAGCCUCCCAGCAACACCCCCAAUUCUAAUAACUCUAACCAGCAGCAGCAACAAUCUACUCCACCAAACUCUGCCCCUGGCUCCGCCUCUUACAACCAACAAAACAGCACUCCUGGUGCUGGCGGCCCCCUGUCAAAUGCUGCUUCCAAUUCAGGUCAGAACAACAUAACCAACAACAAUGGGGGAAACACUCCUGGCAGCAAUCCCAACCCCCCAUCCAACUCCACCUCGACUCCAAACACCCAGUCCCCUCUUCCUCCUGGCCCCGCAGCCACCUCAACUGGGCCAGGUUCCGGUCCUGGGAAACUUGGUGGCCCUGGGAUGGUCUUUCCUUGUGGCCUCUGUAUGGCUGAGGUACAUGACGACCAGGAUGCCAUCCUUUGUGAGGCAUCCUGCCAACGCUGGUUCCAUCGAGACUGCACAGGUUUAACAGAACCAGCCUAUGGGCUGCUGACUCGAGAGACUGCUGCUGUUUGGGCUUGUGACUUCUGCAUCAAGACCAAGGACAUCCAGGCUGUUUUUGUGCGCCAGGGAUUAGGCCAGCUGGUGGCAGCUAAUGAGAGUUGAGGAGUAGAGGAUAAGGAGCAGUGUUAAGGUGUGGCAAGUAUGGACAAAUAGAGACUGAUCUAACUGAAUGACCUGUGUACCAUGUCAGCUACUUGCCCAACUUUGUCUUGGCCAGCCCUUUACUUAUUCACUACACAGAGCAACACACUCAUGCUUUUAUAUAGCACUUUGAGUGACUCAAGCUAAGUACCCCUCCCCCCUCCCGUUAAUAGGAGUCAAAACAUGAUGAAUGUUAUCUACACAAUUCUUCAGAUAUCCACCUGCCAACCAGCAAAGCACUGACACCAACACACUACCUCAAACAGUUUGUGACUGACUGGCACAGAAGCUCCCGCACUGACAGACUGUGAUCGACUCGCCACACUCUUAUGUCCCACGUGCGUGGUGAUAUUACCAAAACACAAACACAAAAAUUCAUAUUAUUUGAGGAACAUGAGAAUAAAAUUGAUCAUUUUUAUUGACACAGCAAAAAUCUGUAAAUUAUUUAAUUGGGGAAAAAAUUAGUACUAGAAGAUCUGAUCUGGUUUCACACAGUUUCUUGAUUCACAGCUUAAUUUGCUACAGAAAUGCUUCAGUCCAGCACUGCCCUAUCACGUUGUUGGCCUUUUUACUGCAAGCAAGUGGAAAAAGAUGGAUAUAUAUCAGUGUAUUGAGGUAUGAAAAUGUCGGUAUCGGAUAUAAUGUAAAACAUAAAUUUGAACAAUUCUUGCACCUUCACACAUGCACAUUCUUUGACUCUGCUUAUUGUACCAUUUUGUAUCCUGAGCUGAUUAAUCCAAAGGAGAAGCAAGCUGAGAUUUCAUCCACCCCUCACAGAGACAAACUCACCUCUGAAAAGUUGUAAAUAUUGGGACAAAUCAUUUGUCUAAAACUUCCAUCGGUUGUGAACAAGCCACAAAUUCAGCCAGUGAACAGAACAAUGAGUUGAAGUUACGUGGCUUGCUUGUAUACAUGGCGUUUUGGUUUUUAUACAGUACGUUUGAGUCAAGCUUUUCUUUUUAUCUCUGCAGUACUCAUGAAUUGUGAAAUCAGUGCUUUUGGAUGGUGUUGACAUAGCAAGUUAGUGAUAUGUCAUAUCAGAUGUGCAUAGUCCUUUUAUAAAACAAAAAGAAGAAAAAAAUGGGGGAGGGGGAUGCAUGUGAACCAAUGCAGUAAUUGAUCUGUUUAUUUUCUGGUUUCUAUACUGCAGGAGACCUUGAAGUAGACCAAAUGAGUAAAGAGUUAAAAAAAAAUACCCAUUUUCACGUUUCUCUUGCAAUAUAAGGUGUUUUUUAGCUAUUCUAAUUCCUCUGUUCUUAUUUACUUUAUUCAAUGUCCGAGUUGCCUUUCUUUUCUCGCUCUCAGCUGUUUCUUUUUGUUUUGUAUUGGUAUUUUUGUGAUGUGCUCUUGUUCUGCUCUGGUGCCUCCUGGUGGAACCAGUGAGUCCCACACCAGGUGGUGAAGGGAGAGGUACUGAACUGUCAAGUAAAGACUGAUUUCCUUUU